UUUUAAGAAAAUAAAAGAAAAAUAUUAAGUAAUUAUUCAUCCCAAUUGCAAUUUAUUUAAGUAGAAACAUUAAAUUUUAAAAUGAUUAUUUAAGCAUAAAACAAUAUAUUAAAGGCAUUGUAAAAACGAAAAUGUUUAUUCCAGAACUCAUUUAAAUUAAAGAGAUAAAAUCCAUUUUUAUAAUUAAACUCAUAAUUAACUUUAAAGUAGCUUAAUAAUUAGAUUAAAUAUAAUUAAAUCAAUAUAGUAUCAACAUAAUUAAUGACUAAAAAACAAGAAUACUAAGAAUUAAUAGCAUCUAAAAAAAAGAAAGAAAAAGAUAGAUAUGGCAUAUUUAAAAUUAAUGAUAUAGAUGAGCUAUUUGAGCUUAGCAGAAAUCGCAGACUCAACCUUUCACUUAAUGAUUAUGUUUCUAUUUUCUUAAGAGUUACUGAGCUCAGAUUAGAUUCUACUUUAAAGUCUCUUUAUGGACUUAGUGAAAUUUAAAAAAAAAUAGAAAAGGAGAUUCAGAAAGCUGACGAGGAAGAACCAUCCAUUGGUAGAUUGAGUUUAUGCUUAUCAAGAUCUAAAUUAUGUGAAGAUAUUAAUUUUUGGAUUAUUCUCAGUGAUCAUAUAUUAGCUAAUAGAUUUGAUUGUGAUUAUGAUGAAGUGUAUGCUGCCAUGCUUGGCUUUAAUGGAGUAAAAUAAUAUUGUUAACAUGAAUGGUAAAUUGAAUUGAUAGAGAAGGUAUAUAUGAAAUUAGAAAUAGCUUUAAUUCAUCAUUUGAAAAUGCAGAAGUAUAAUAUAAAAUCACUCCGCUUAAUUUGUGAUGUGAUGUUCUAAAAUGGUAGAUUUACACCAGAUUUCUUAAAGGAAAUAGAAUAUCUGCUUAAUUAUUAAUUGAUGGAGGCAUCAAAUAAUUUUGGAAGUAAUGAAUCUUUAAUGAGCAAUUCUUAAAUAAAAGAGGAAAUAUUAUUCCCUUAGUAUGGUGUGAAAUACAAUGAUUAACUUUUGUAGCUUUUAUCAAGUUUUGCUUAUUUUUUCUCUAAAUCAAAUUUUGAUUCUCUGCUUUUAUUCAAUUUUACUACUUUUUAUGUUACAGAGUGUAUUAAAAGACAACAUAUUUUUGAAAAGCUCAUUCAAAAAAGGAAAUUAGAAUUAGAAACUUAAAAGGCUGAGGAGAUUAUGAGCAAAUUAAAUGAAGAAAACAUUAAAACAGAUGAAUAAUAGCAAAAUAACUCCACUAAAAAAGAUCAAAAUCAAAAAGAAGAAAUUUUAGAGGAGCUAAUAAAUCCUCUUUCACUAGAUGGUUCUGGUUUAGCUAGUUUAUUGUACUUUUGGGACUUUAUGCUUAUAAAGAAUCCUUAAUUAAUCCUUCCAAAUGAGAUUAGGAGCUGGUUACUGAUAGAAAUUUAGCAAGAAGAUAGAAUUUAUGAUUUAGAAGAUUUGAAUAUUUUAUAUAAAAAUCUUGAUUUGCUUCAUUUCAGUGAAGUUGAUAAAGCAAAGUUCUACUUUUUCCUUGAGAAAAAGCUCUUUGAUGUAGAUUCAAAAACAUAAUAAAUUAUGAUAGAACAUAUUAAAGAAUAUCUUGAAAUAAGAAGUGGGUUAUCUUACGCAUCUUAAGAAGAAGAAGAAGAAUAAUAAUCAUAAUAAAAUUCUUAAAAUAAGGAAUAAAUAUUAAAAGAAGCAGAAGAAGAUUUAAGGUAAAUAAGUAAACCUGUUUAUAGCUUUUUAGACAACAUUUGUUAAGAGCUUCUAUUCACUUUUUCACCUUAUAGUGUUUAUUAUUUUUUGCAUCAUAUAGAUUAGUAUGAAUAAAUAAAAUAUUUCCCCAAUUUCUUAAAUAAACUACCUGAGUAUGUUCUUUUAAAUAUUGAAAAAUACGAAUUUGAUGAAAUAUGCUACUUUGUGUUGAUGUGCUAUUAAAACUAAGACAUUUUGGAUGAGAUGAGCACCACUUCAUUCUGGAGCAACAUCUAUCUAAUAAAAGAGCAUAUUAAAUCAAUUGCUUUUUCUAGAGGUUUCAAGCUCGAUCCUUCAAGUUAUUUCUGCUAGCUUCUUCAUAAAAUAGAUAUGGCUGAGUUUUUCUAAGGUGGUGAGCAAUGAAUUUUUAUAUUUUUAGAAUUAAAAAAAAAUAAAAUAAUUAAAUUUAAAAGUUUAUUAAGUUAAGAAUUAUUCAAUAUUUUAUCAAGUAAAUUAAUUAUUAGUUAUUUCAAUUAAAAAUAUUUUAAUAUUAUGUUAACUUCAUUAAAUUUACACUUUCAAUAUUAAAAAAUGAUUGAGAGUUUUCU